AUGGCUAAUGGACAGGAAACACUUGAGGGAGUGGAAUGGAGGAUAAGGGUGGCCGAUGGAUCAUCGGAGGCUUUGGUUCCGGCUACGGGGCUUGCACGAAGAGCCUGGCUCGGACUAAAAGGCAUAAUUCGGCGAUUUGCUUCAAAUGUGUGGAGGUUUCUUAAGAGAGCAUGGGACGUUGGGGCUAAUGAUCCUAGAAAAGUAAUCCAUUGCGUGAAGGUAGGACUGGCACUAGCACUUGUAUCACUUUUCUACUUCAUUAGGCCUUUGUAUGAUGGUGUUGGAGGCAAUGCCAUGUGGGCUCUUAUGACAGUUGUGCUUGUAUUUGAGACAACCGUUGGAGCAACGGUAUACAAGUGUAUCAACAGAGUUUUCGCAACCUUUCUAGCCGGAUUUCUCGCGGUGGGGGUACACUGGCUUGCCGCUCGAUCAGGCGAGACGCUUGAACCCUAUGUUGUGGGAGCCUCAGUUUUCCUAUUAGCUUCGGCAGCAACUUUCUCUCGACUCAUUCCGUCGGUGAAGUCCCUGUUUGAUUAUGGGGCCAUGGUCUUCACCCUCACUUUCAGCUUCGUUGUAGUAUCAGGCUACAGAGUGGAUAAAUUGUUUGAGUUUGCACAUCAUAGAAUAUCCACCAUUAUCAUUGGAACUUCACUGUGCAUCAUUGUGAUCAUGCUUGUCUGCCCCAUUUGGUCCGGCCAAGAGCUUCACAGCCUGAUCGUACGUAACAUGGACAAACUUGCCGAUUCCCUCGAUGGUUGUGUGACACAGUAUUUUAACCAGAGUGGGGAAUGCACCAAAUUACAAGGCUACAAGUGCGUGCUAAGCUCCAAGGCAUCUGAAGAAUCUAUGGCAAAUUUUGCUAGGUGGGAACCUUCCCAUGGCAAGUUCAACUUCCGGCACCCGUGGAGACAGUACGUAAAAGUCGGUUCAUCGAUGCGCAGCUGUGCUUACUGCAUAGAGACUCUCAUCGGUUGCAUCAGUUCCGAAAAUCAGGCUGCUAAAUCGAUAAAGAAGCAUUUUAGCACAGGUUGCUUGAAAGUGAGUUCUUGCGCCUCGAACGCCAUACGAGAGCUUGCGGAAAAUUUGAAGACAAUGAAGAAAUCCUCCACCAUAGAUUUAUUGGUUAGUGAAAUGAACAACGCAGUGCAAGAACUCGAGAGUGACUUGAAAUUGCUGCCUCGUUUGCCAGAACAAUCGACGGUUUCGGAAAACAAAACGUUGGAUGCAGCCUGCAGGGAAGCAACACCAACAGUGCCUCUCAUGGACAUCAUACAAGUGGUGACUUUGGCAUCAAUGUUGAUUGAAAUUUCGGGACGGAUCGAAGCCCUGGUCGAUGAUGAGGAAGAACUAGCCAGGCUAGCUGAAUUCGGAAUCAAUGAUGAUAAGUGCAUGCAAAGCGAAAUGAAAGAUAAAUCUUUAUCAGGUGAAGAGAAAAAUUAG